AUGGACUUUGUGGCUUUUGAAACGUUUUCUGAGAACGAUGUCUUGCCCUCUCCCCAACCGUCGCUAUCACUACCAUUGAAGUCAAAUAUAAAUCAUUUAAGUGCAAAACUUCACAAUCUCAAAGAUUUCAAAAGCUUUCUCAAGCAAAAUCAUACACAAGAACCAGAGGAAGUCAAUCAGGAUUCGAAAAUGGCAGAACAAUACGCGAAAUUGUCUCUCCAGAUGAUAGAUAGGGAGUAUAAAGAUUCUCAACUGAUGAAAUCAGAUGAAGUCUCUUCAAGUGGACUCAGAGCAGAUGCAUUUUCCCUAAGAUUGGGUCGGGCACUCAAUUUUAGCAUCGGUGACACGCGUAUUCGAGAACUUUUCACCACUUUAGAGCCUAAAAUACUUGACAAUUUUCAAUUGAUUAACUCCGGAAUUGAGGGCUCUCUAGCUCGUAAGAAUCUACGAGGAGAAGUUGAAGCUGAUGUUAUCAAAAUCAACGCGAGUCAGCUAGCAGAUUAUGCCAAGCCUAUCGCAAACUUGAGAUAUUUGGGAGAUCGCUUACAGGCUCUAGAUAUUUUAGUCAAAGACACAAACAAAUUACUUUUUCAAAACUCUGUGGCUGUGGAAGAUUUGCGAAGCGCAGUUUCACAAUACACAGACGACAAAGCCUCUGUCACCUUGAAGAGAGCUUUGCUAGUUACGUUUCGGCAAAAGUUUACCUUAAAUGAAUAUGAAGAAUUUCUUUUGAGCUCUACUGAAAUCAAUUCAGAUUUUUUUGAAGCAUUGGAGCGAGCAGAAACCAUAAAUGAAGCUUGCGCCCUUCUUCUUGCUUUAGAUAACCCUGAGUUAGGCAAGACUAUAAUGACUAAAAUCAGCACGCUCGUCAACAAAGCAAAACAUACAAUCGUAUCGUUUUGCAAAAAGUCUUUAUCAAACACAGAUUUGCUUUAUUCGCAAGAAAAGCUUUCAGUUUUGAAGUUGUGCUUGCAGCAACUCAAGCAAAAACCCGAACAGCUUGUAAUGAUAUUGGAUACGUUUGUGGAAUCUCGUUCUUCUGCACUUUUGGAUGACUUUAAUUCUCAAGUGGGAAAUUUUGAUGAAAAAGAAAACUCAAUGGCCCCUGAUGAUUCUAGACCUGUCUAUUAUUCAUCUCACGACCCUUUACGGUUCAUCACAGACUUGUUGGCAUAUGUUCAUUCUUCAGCAGCUAAUGAGGCAGAAAUUAUCUUAGGAUUGUUUCAGAGUGAAGACUCCUUAUCUUCCACUCGCGACGAGGUUGUAAACAAAGUCAUGACGUCUUUGGCGAAUCCGGUUAAAUCGAAGAUUGAACAAAUUAUCACACUGGAAGGGAAAUUAAGUGUUCUUUAUCAGAUACUUAAUGUUUUGGAAUUGUAUGUCAUUAUGUUCAGCAAAGACCUCCACGCACGAGUUAUAUCUAUUUCAAUUGAAGACUGUAUCAAUCGGAUUCGAGAGAAAUUCAAGAUGAUUUUGACUAGUCGACUCGCGUCAGUUCAGGAAUCCAAUCUGGCCAAGCUUGAACUAUCAAGCGAUUUGCAACCCCCUGAAUGGAUAAUAGUGUACUACUCGGAUUUACUCCCUAUAGUUGACUCAAUGCAAUCUUCAACUAUAUUAGGGGUGCAUCAGGAAGAACAUAAACAGUUUUUGGACCUCAUAACUGAACGCCCCAUCAAAAUUUUUCAAAACCACUUGAAUCUGGUUUCAAACAAGUUCAGCAAAAGAGAAAAACUAAUCUUUCAGUUGAACUUCUUGGACUUGGUUGUUUGUAAGAUCAUUCCCUUAAGUCUUCUUGGUGAUAGAAUGUUGGAGAUAAAUCAUUGUAUAAAUGAUCUUUCCGAAGAAAUCAUUGAGGAACAGUUUCACACUCUUUUAUCAGAAUGUGGGCUUACGGAUUAUUACAAUGUUAUGAAUAUGAUUUACCCCACGUCGGAGGAUGUUGCAGAUGCAUCAAUUUACCUGUCAGUCUCAGAGUCAGUGAUUUUUAAGGCGGAUUUAAUUUCCGAGAUUGAUGAUAAAAUUCAAGCAACAAUUCCGACUGCUCUUCUUGAUAUACAACUGAACUUGAUGAAACUUAAUAAUCCUGUCAUCGUCAACGAAAUAAUUGAAGCAUGUUCGAGAAGAUUUUUGAAAUUUCACAAGCUAUUCACAGAAGUGGUAUUGAUUUUCAUCAGCAAUUCCCCUUUUCAGUGGUCUGCAAGCGAAAUAGCAACCCUUCUUGGUGUGGAUAUCAAUCAUACCAUAGAACAAAAACUUUGA